AUCAAACUGAGUACUGCUGAAGUUUCUUGUCUAGAAACUAAAAUUAAAAAUUUUUCUUGAAAUAUGUAGCUCCUUCUGGUUUUUGUCGGUACAAAAUUUAAAUGUAGUAUUUCGUUUAGUAUUCUAAACCUGAAACAAAUUAAAAAAAAAAUAAAAUUUCAAAAAAGCAUGGAGAAGUUGAAGAAUUUUUUCCGGUGCAAGAGGCGUAAAAGUGAGGCCGCCGAAAAAAAAGAUGAGAAAGCUCCUCCUCCCCAAGAAGAAGGCCAAGAAGAAUCCCAAGGAGAUCACGUAAAGGAAAAUUUGGUACCAAUAGUGCAGCCGCCGACGGUGGAGGGCGAGGUGCCCUCAUACUUCCAAGUGAAUGCACUGGCGAAUAUGUCUCUCCUUAAUGGCUACGAGAACGGCGUGUGGAAGCUGCAAACCACCACCAAGACAAAGAGCGAUCUCUUUCUGAGCAGCUUUGGCGAGGGCUAUCCGUUCCUAAACAACGCCUAUGGCGGUGUGGAGGCGUUACAGGAGAUGGGUCCAUUCCACGCCGCCCUCUGCUGGCUGACUAACCAGGAGUUUCUGUUGGACCUCGGUGCAAACGAUGAGGCCCUUAGCGGGCAAUGGUUUUCCGUCCUGAAAUUUGGAGCCGCCACGGCAGAAGAAUUGCAGUUUACGGCCAAGUUAAGAUUAGGCUUCGAGCGCAAUCCCAUUAAGAUGGAACUAGAAGUACCUAUUUACCGGCAACCCCUUUUAAAGGGCUACCUUAUGGUGGUUCCUGUCGAACAUUUUGCGUUGGGCUAUCGAACGGUCUUUGAUGUCAAUGACAAGAAGUUCGGCAUGCACGCCUUUUGCGUUGGGUUUAAUAAUCAGUCCACUGAAAUAAGCCUCAAAUUAGAGAAUUUCGAGCAUCUGCGAGGUACGAUCUUUCAGCGCCUUUUUGGAAAGUGGGCCUUAGCCUUAAAGACCGACAUAUAUGGCAACGUGGAUCAGAGGAAUUUACACGUUGGGUGUCAGUACGAAUGGGGGCCGGGAACACUGAUAAAGACCAAAAUAAGGGGCGAUGCUCGUUUGGGCUUCAUCGUUGAGCGAAAACUCAGUGAAGCUAUUAGGAUGGUCUAUAACUGCAGCUUUGAUGGAAAAGACCCACUAAAUGGAGAGAUUAGGAUGGGCGCUGCCUGGUAUUUCAACUUAAUGUAAAGGUAAAUGAUUUUUUACUACUUUAAAUCAUUUGGCAAAUAUACAUAUUUCAAAGCAUUA